AUGAUUGAGGACGACUUCUACCGAACCUCCUCUCAGUUCCGCCUAUGGUCUUUCACUGAGGAAUCCCUACGGACCGUGCGGCAAAAGACAAACAGUCUCGCAAGUGACCGCGUACGGAUCGCGCUGCGAAGGGCGCGUGAGGCGCGACAAUCCGCCAACUCCUCUGCCGCAGGUACACCCAACCCAAAUGGCAGCGACGCAGACAGCAAGGCCGGGGAGGAAAAGGAUAUAGAAUGCUUGACAUCGGAGGAGGAGCAGGACUUAGUGCGGUACUACUGCGAACAGAUCAUCCAGCUAGGAGAGAGCUACAAGCCCCCGAUGCCGUCGAUAGUGCGGGCCACCGCAAUCCAAUACCUCCGCCGGUUCUAUCUCACCAACUCCCCAAUGACCUACCACCCCAAGACCAUCAUGCCCUGCGCCCUCUUCAUCGCAACAAAGACAGAUAACUACUACAUGUCCCUCCGGCAGUUCGCCGACGGCGUCCCCGGCGACACAACAGCAGAAGACAUUAUUGCGCCCGAAUUCCUCGUGAUGCAAAGCCUCCGCUUCACCUUUGACGUACGCCACCCCUUCCGCGGCCUCGAAGGCGGGAUCAUGGAACUCAACGCCAUAUCACAAGGCCUUGGGGAACCAGCACCGCACCUCCCAAACCAAAGCGCAGAAGACCUGCGGCGCGCUAUUUUAUCCCUCCCACCACCACUGAAUACCCCUUCUCCCCCGUCAAUAUCAGACCGCCUCGCCCGCGCACACCACAACACGCGCGAGAUCCUCAAAUCCGCCGCCCAAAUGACAGACGCCUACUUCCUCUACACCCCAUCCCAAAUCUGGCUCUCGGCCCUCUCCCUCGCCGACGCCCCCCUCGCACAAUUCUACCUCGACACAAAACUCCCCAACCCCACCGAAUCAGAGCACCCCCUCGCACAACUCCGCGCGAAACUCCUCCAAACCCUCUCAUCCUGCGCGACGCUCUUACAAUCCUACAAACCGCUCGGCUCAGACCCAGAGCAGAAGAAAGCCAUGCGCCGGAUCGGGAAGAAACUAUAUCACUGCCAGAAUCCCGAAAAGGUGAAUCUAGCCGGACAGAAGAGGAUUCCGGCUGCGGCGGCGGCGGCAAUAGCGUCGGCGGCGGGGAACCCGAGUGAUACGCCGACGCCGGAUAGCGAGAUGGAGCGGCUGGCGAAGAAGAGGAAACUCGAGGCGGAGCAGCAGAAGGCCGGGAAUGAUAUUUUUGGCGGGGACUUGGUUAUGGAGAGGACGAGGGAUAGACAGGCGUAA